AUGGUUGGCCGAGAGCACUCUGGCCGAGCAGGCCGAGAAAACUCGGCAGCAGCUGGCCGAGAGCACUCUGGCCGAGCUGGCCGAGAAAACUCGGCAGCAGCUGGCCAAGAGCACUCUGGCCGAGCUGGCCGAGAGCACUUGACAGCACUGGCCGAGAGCAUUCUGGCCGAGCUGGCCGAGAGCACUCGACAGCACUGCCCGAGAGCACUCUGGCCGAGCUGGCCUAGAGCACUCGACAGCACUGGCGGAGAGCACUCGACAGCACUGGCCGAGAGCACUCGACAGCACUGGCCGAGAGCACUCGACAGCACUGGCCGAGAGCACUCGACAGCACUGGCCGAGAGCACUCUGGCCGAGCUGGCCGAGAGCAGUCGACAACGCUGGCCGAGAGCACUCGACAGCACUGGCCGAGAGCACUCUGGGCCAAGAGCACUUGUCGGGGUUGAAAUAUCGAUUAUUUCGGUUUUUUCCCACGCUUAA